AUGAAAAUGAGCCAAGCAAUUAGGGCCUCUGAAACGCUUUUGAAGGAAUACAAGGGAUACAUUGAUACAUGGGAUGCAAUAUAUAAAUUGGAUACAGAUGAAAUAAAUUCAACAGCUGGAUUAUACGAAGACAUCAAGAAUAACUUGAUUGAUACCGGAUAUUUUACAGCAAAAGAGAUGAUUGAAUUGAUAGCAAGAGCUUGCAAUGAGGGUUUACAUUAUCGUCAUGGAUACAUAGAGUUAAUGAAGAAAAUCUCAGAAGGAUAUUUUGUUGACAAUAUGAAUAUCUCACAAUAUAAUGAUAUUAAAAUAAAUACGCCUGAAUAUGCAAUAAUUAAUGAUAACGAAGAAGAGUUAUUAUAUCACUUGACAAGAAAGAGGUUUAGUCACGCAAAAAUCCUUGAGAAAUGUUGUUUAAGAGGAGCAAUUAAUUGUUUCAUGUUAAUGAGACAAGAAUUUAAUGUAAAAAUCACUAAAGAAUGUCUAGAUGCUUCAUUUAGAGGGAACAAUAAACGCAUCAUUAAUGAGUGUUUGAAAGGAGUAAAGCCUGAUCAACGUACAAUGCAAGCUGCAAUUGCAUCUCAUAAUUUCGAUAAUGUUGAAAAAUUAUAUACUGAAUACCGAUUAUCAAUUGAUCCCUAUUCAUGUUCUAUGUAUCUUAAUCUUUAUGAAUUUAUAUUCUUUUUAGAUGAUUCUAGUUCACACGACUUAUCUUUAGGUCUUUUUACUUCUCCACAUUUUCGUAUUCCAUCUCUUUGUGAAUAUUUGAUUAAGAAUGGCGCAAAUAUUAAUUAUAAUGUACAUAGCCACACAGUGCUUUAUGUUGCAGCUAUAGUAAAUCAAACAGAUAUUGUAUCAACUUUGCUUUUAAAUGGAUUUGAUUGUUCUUUCUUAGAUGGAUCUGAACUUGAUUAUGCCAUUUCCAAUAACAAUUCUGCUAUGGUGGAGUUACUUGUAUCAUAUGGGUCAAAUGUCAACUACAGAUCUGAAAAGGAUCAAUUAACAAUACUUCAUAAUGCAUGCGCCAAAAAUAAUAUCAAAGCUCCAAAUAUUCUAAUUUCACACGGUGCAAAUAUAAAUGAUAAUAAUAAUAUUGGAAAAUUAACUCCUCUUAUGGUUGUAACAACUCAAAAUCAUAGAGACAUUAUUAAACUUCUGAUUUCACAUGGGGCAGACAUCAACAUGCAGGAGUAUAGAGGAUAUUCUGCUAUUCAUCUUGCAAUAAUUGCUAAUCGUAGAGGAAAAACUAAUGAAGAUGCUGAGUAUUUAGAAAAAAUGUUUGGACUCGAUUUGAUAAAAGAUUUUGUUAAUGAUAGUGAAGUCAAUGAUUUGAUUGAACUUCUACUUUCAAAUGGUGCAAAUGUCAAUGCAAAGAAUUUCGAUGGACUUACCCCUCUUCAUUUGGCAUCAUUACUUUCUACUAAAGAGAUUGUUGAAAUAUUAAUUUCUCAUGGUGCUGAAAUCAAUCCUAUAAGUGAAAAUGAGCUAACUCCUCUUGAUGUAGCUAUUAGACGUGAAAAAAUAGAUUAUGAAAAAUACCUAAUACUCCGCGAAAAUAAUAUGGAUUACCAAUAUUAUCUUGAUUCCUCCCAAGAAGCAAUCAAAAUACAGGCUCUCUUAAAAUCUCAUGGCGGAAAAACUAAUUCUCAGGAUACUAGAGAGGCAGAAGAAUUAUGA